AAAAACUCCAAGCUGGACUGAGCUGGACCCAAGAUGGACCAAGGUGAACUGGGUGAAAUGUGAAUCACAGCAUCAUUGCUUGUAUUUUUAAGAUCGCAUCAUAUAGUUUAUAUUUUACAUUAAAAUAUUAUUCAAUUUAUUAAUAAUUAAUAACAAAGAUAUUUUUUAUUUUAAAUAACAAAACAAAAUUAUUGGAAAUAAAAAAAUUGGAACAAUGGAUAAACCAUCAUUGCGAGGUAUUCCCAAGAUCAAUGUAUCAUUUUUUUGUUGUCUCAAUCAAAAAACAGCGAGUUUAAUUAUUGGAUGUUUGACAUUUCUUUCAACGUUGAUAUCGAUAAUCCAUAUUACCGUUGAGAUACACAGAAUUCCAGAUGGAGAUUUAUUGGCGGAAUUAAAAUGGUUUAUUCCAAUAUGUAUUGUAUUAUAUUGUUCAUCUUUUGGAGCUUUAUAUAUAUGUUAUUUACUGAUACGAGGUAUUUUACAGGAUGAACCAAAACACAUGUUACCCUGGAUAUACACUAGUUUUGCAAGUUUAAUUAUGACAUUUAUAUUUAUGACUUUUAUAAUUGUUUUAAUAACAUUUGCAAGAGUUAAACAAGCCACGAGUAUUGAUUUUAUUAUAUUUUGCACAAUACUAUUCAUCCUAAUAUUAGGUUUUUUAGGAUACUUGUGGGCUAUUGUUGUCACUUACUGUCGAAAACUUAUUUUAUCACAACAAAAUAAUACACCACAACAUAGAAGACUGCUUAAUUAAUUAUAAAUUAUAAUUUUUAUAAAUAUUUAUUUAUUUUUUAAUACUAUUUAUUAAUGAAUUUAGAAAGAAAAAUAAAAUCUAUCACGGAGUAUGUGCGCUAUGUAGAUGACAAUGAAAUAAAUAAAAUUAAAUUGAUAACUUGAAUUGUUUUUAAAAUAUAACUAGUGAUAUAGCAAGUUUUUAUUUUUUUU